GUCAAAUGUCAAAGAGAAGUAAAUAAAACAUGGCUCCUAGACGUGUUAAAAUAAAUAAGUUUGAUUAUAAGAAAUUAAGUGCAAAUGAUGUGAUUUGCCCCAUUUGUCGAAGCAUUUUAAUAAGGCCGAUAACUCUUCCCUGUAGUCACGGUUUUUGUUCAUCGUGUUUCGAAACCACAACACAGAAUUCAAACCAUGUUUGUCCCCUGUGUAGGGUGAGGAUUGGUUCAUGGCUUAGAUCGGCUACAAAGUCGAACAAAUUAAUAAACGAGUCCUUGUGGCAAGCAAUCCAAGACUCCUUUCCGUUGCAAGUCAAAAAAAAGUUAAAACAACUUGAAGGUAAAAGUAAGGAAAGAUCGGUCGGUAACAAUAAAACUGAUGAGAAAGUCUCAAAAGCUGUUAAAGCGCAAACAAAUAACAAUAAAUUUUGUACAAAUAAGAAAGCAGAAGUGAAGGAAGUUGAUAAAUUGGUUUGUGUUCCUUCAACUUCAACUACUAAUCUGGGACUCAAAAAUAAUCAAACCAUCCCCAUGAAAGAUGAAAAGAAUGAAAGAGCAACUUUCUUCUUGAAUAAUUUUGCCACAAAAGAAUACACUUGUAGAAUUUUGUGUCAAAAUGUGAGUUCAAAAGAUACACAAAAGAGUGAAUCUCAAAAUUUAGGCUUGAAGAAAAACAAGAGGAUACAAAAAAUAACCGAAUCAGAACUAUCAAAUGACAGAAGUAACAGUAUUGAAUCUGAAUGUUUAUAUUUCAAACCUAUUGAUUAUCGGCAUAAUCCACCUUCUGAAGGACUAGCCCCCAUAAAAGUUCCUACUAGAAAACCAAAUAUUAAUGCUAACGCGAAAAUACUUGCACCUUGUGGCCAAAACCAGAUCAAUAUAAAUUCCCUACAAUCAGCGUUUGCUCGACUAUUCUCUCCUAUUCUACCAGAAGAAACUAAACAAAUAAAAAAUUGCAAAAAAGAAAAUAUUCAAUCACAAAUGUCUUCUCAACAAGAUGCUUCCCUUCCCACAAAAAGGAAGCAUGAGAGAACUGUAAAUAAAGCUAAGAAAAAAGUUAAAACAAUUCAAAAACCAACAGAAAAUCAAUCAUUGGAAUCAAAAGAGAGUCUCACUAUUGAUUUGACAAAAAUGUGUGAUUUUGAUAUUUCGUUAAGCAACUGUAUGAAGAAAAUCAAUCUCAAAUCGGGGAAAAAUCUAAUGACCGAGGAAAGUCUUAAAAGGGCAUUACAAGAAGAAGCAGAUUUUGAAUUGGCCACUAAAUUGCAACAAACCUUCAACCAGUCUCUAAAAUAUUCCACAAGGAGUGCCGUUCUUAAAAGGAUGGCUUCGACUAAUCAAGUGAAAAUGGAAGGAAUGACACCAUAUAAAGUAAAAUAAGUUGUUUUUUUAUAUUUUUUUUGAAUAAUUGUUUUUGUUUUGAAAAAUCUUGUUUAUCACGGAAAUACAAUGUUUAGUUUGUUGCUGUACUUUGGAUAGUGAUUAAAAAUCAUUUCAUUGUGUAUUUUGCAACUUUAUAAGGUUUGUAUAGUUUUCUAAUACGUGAUUAAUUUUUUCAAAUAAAAUUUACGUUUAGAAAUCUGGCAGUUUGCAGCUAAUCUCAGUUUAUUUGUAGGUGAUAAUGCAUUUGUGAUGAUAUAUUUUUUUAAAAUGAUAUUAUUGUUAUGAUAGUAUUAAGCAAAAAUCAGUCAUUGUUUUAAAUGCAUUACUUUAUUCCUAAUUAAGUUUCGCUGUGAUAGCAGCUGUUUUAUUUUUAAUAAAAUUAAAUCUAAAAUAAAAUUGGCUUAUUAAAGCAAAAACAAUACUUUCGUAAUAAUUU